AGCACAAGAACCAUGCGCGGGAGCUAGUGAGGAAGGCCGACCUGUCACAAUGGGAUGCUCUGGUUAUCAUGUCAGGUGACGGGCUGCUGUUUGAGGUGAUAAAUGGUCUGAUGGAGCGAGAAGACUGGAAGCAAGCCAUCCAGACACCUCUUGGUAUCUUACCAGGUGGUUCAGGCAAUGCUCUGUCUGCAUCUAUCCACCAUUACUCACAGUCACUUCCGGCUUGGAAUGAGGAGCUGCUACUGAGCUGUGGCUUUAUCAUCUGCAAAGGUCUGGUUGGUCCUUUGGACCUUGUGUCAGUCCACUUGGCCUCCACUCAACGCCUCUUCUCUUUCCUGUCCCUGGCCUGGGGCUUUGUGGCAGACGUUGACAUCGAGAGCGAGAAGUAUCGUCAUGUGGGAGCUAUUCGCUUCCUGAUGGGCACGCUGGUGCGCCUGGCCUCCCUUAGAGUGUACCAAGGCAGGUUGGCUUAUCUUCCUGUUAAGGAAGCACCUAAACCUCCAAAAGGAAGCAUAAACCACCCACCUUCCACUACUCAGCACCCCUCGCACUGCUUGUCUCUUCCCUGUCGCCUCAUUCCCAACUCUUCACCAAAGCUGGGCUCCCACCCCGUUAGGACGAAUUUAAACCAAAACACAGUCUCUAACUCUUCUAACAAUGUCAUCACCAACAUGAGGCCAGAGCCAAAGAAAGACAGAAAGGCCACAGCUCUUGUGGACUCUCUGCUUCCUGCCCUAGACCAGCCGGUCCCAGAGAGCUGGACCGUGGUCAAAGAGGAAGACUUUGUCUUGGUGCUGGCUAUUUACCAGUCCCACCUGGCCGAGGACCUGUGGACAGUCCCUGAGGCAACAGCAGACGACGGACUGAUUCAUCUGUUUUACGUGACGGCCGGAAUCUCCCGGCCCGCCCUCCUGCGUCUCUUCCUCGCCAUGGAGAAGGGUGCCCAUUUGGCGUGCGGCUGUCCUCACCUUGUGUACGAGAAGGUGAGGGCCCUACGGCUGGAGCCCAUCUCUCCACAGGGCAUGAUCACGGUGGAUGGAGAGGUGGUGGAGUAUGGACCUGUUCAGGCUCAGAUCCACCCUGGUUUAGCCAGACUUAUAUGUGGAUGACCUUGUAUCUUAUCCUUCUCGAUCUAGUUGGCCUUUUCUACUCAGUGUCAGUUUUUUAUGCGGUUUUAGAAGUGCCAAAGACACUUAAAUCAGCCUCUGGAAGUUCCUUUAUUUUUCUACGGAGACAGCUCAUCCUAUUUUCACGGACUCCCCCUGCUUGCCCCUUCCUUCUCUUGCUGUUAGAUUCAGACUCAAAACUAUGCAGGGUUGGUCUUGCUUCUGGCUGGUACAGGCUGAGAGACAUGGGGAGGGUGUGUGUGGGUGUGUAAGGAUGAUCUUUAUGGAUGUUUGUGUGAAUUUGAGUGUGUGUGAGGAUCAUUGGCAACAUGGUGAGUUUUGUGCAUUUUGCUGUCUGACCUUCUAAAAAGGAUCCAUGUGAAGAGAAGCCUGUUUUUUUCUAUCCUAAGAGGUUUGUGAAUAAGCUCCGCCCCUUUGCCCCCUCCAUACCACUCCACAUGGCCUAUCUCCACCAUCCUGCCCAUCGGCUUAGUAAAAAGGCCAGGACAUGUAAAUCCUCCAGGGAUUUAACGUUGACCAAUAUUUAAUCUUUGCGUAGUUUACGUGUAAAUGUACUCCGUUACAAUCAAAUCUGGUCACGUUAGGUGUUAGCGUCUGGCCUUCUAGCCAUUUCCGCUACAAUCAUCAUUAAACUGUAAGAACGACCUCCACCCCCCAUACACUCACACAUUCUCUUGCAUCUCUGCAGCACUUAGCAAGGGGGAGGGGCAUGAUCUGCUUCUGUGCAUUUGAUCCCCCUCUCCUCUUGCCAUCCUAAGAUUGUUCUCUCCCUCUCUCCAUUGGUUAACAAGCCAUCAGCCCCUAAUGUGGCCUUAAUAUGAGGCUCUCCAUCGAUAAAAGCACACUAAAUAAUAAGUCUCUUCUUUUAACACGUGGAAGCUCUUAUAAAGUGGCCUUCAGACACAUCCUAGGCCAGCUGAAGCACACUCCAGUAAACAAAGAGCAGUUUCAUACUGUCAGAGUUGCAUAUUGAGAUCAGCACGAGCUGGAGGGAGUCAAGCGUUUGGCUUGUCCGCAUAAACUCCUCACCAGCGGUCGGUGCUGUGCCGGCGAGGAUUAGCGCGUUGGUGUGGAGAAGAGUGCAAAUGCUUUUCAUCCAGACUGCACCAUCGCUCAGCCACAAGCAUGCAGCCAAAAUCCCAUUUUAACAGGCAACCGUCUUUCCCCAACUUAGACACAAAAGCUCAAAUGUCAACAGUGAAAAAGAUCAUAUGGUCUCAAUAGUGCUGGAAACCAAAUCACCUCCUACGCCAACAGUGGCACGGCUGACUGCUUCCAGUCUAAUGGGCUUGGAAAAGAGCAGACCUUUAGCUUUUCUUUAAGGAGUUUGGUGAAUUUAUCAUCCUGCGUUCAAAACAGGAAAUGCAAUUAGCUUGUAGAGGAACCUGAAGCAGCUGGCUUCCACUGGGCAGACCACAAACUUUUAGUUUUGAUGGAAAUAUAAGUAAAAAUGUCAGAAAUUCAUCAGACGUGGUUGCAAGAAAGCUGUAAGAGUCGAUGUGUGUUUAUGUGUUACAGGGAAUUGAUUAUACGAUGGCGCCAUGGUAUCCAGAGUAAAGGCGUCACAGUGAGACGCGGCAAAAAAUCCACGAGGGAAUCUGAUGUUACUUAAGCUUCUGCUGUUUUGGUUCCAAGGGUGCAGCAUGAAUGAACGUAAAACAGUCAUGCAACCCCAAAUGUUUUAGUCUUCAUGAUUUUCAACUACUUCUCUUACAGUUUUAGUCUUUGAUUCUGUAAAGGAAACAUUUUCGUUUUACCGCAACUGACGGGGUAAUGAAGACAUUUGUACUUUAUCAGUUCUAUCAAGUACAUGCACAGUUUUAAACUCUGGCUGCACCAGUGGAAGUAUUUGAGAAGCCACUCAGGAGUGAAACUGAUAAAAUUCCUGACUUCAAGAACUGCACUAGAACAAAAAGUUGGCCAACAUCAGUUUAUUGAGUCGAUGCAAACAACCAGUUAGAUCUAUGGCUUCCUCAUUACCCAAACCUUUGCAGAUGGAGGAACGAUCUAAAGAAGCUUCUCUUUCAACAUUGUUGCUUUUUAGUUAUUUUAGUGUGUUUUAAUGGCGACAAUCAGAACAAAUUACGCACAUAAGUUGUGGAGCGUGACCUGUACAAGCAGGGGAAGAGACCCUCUGUUAACAGUUUUUUAUUUUUAUUUUUUCAGUAAUUUCUGAGAUUUUUACUUAUCAAUGGCCAUAAAAUACCGUUGCACAUCGUACGCUAGAAGAAAUUCCAGGUAUGCUGUAGGGCUGGUUUAUUCAAUUCCAGGCCUGGAGGGCUGGCAUUCAGAGUUUUAGCUUUAACUCUGUUUCAACACACCUGAUUUCACUCAGUAGGUGAUUAACAGGCUUCUGCAGAGCCUGAUGAGCUGCUGCACAGGCGAUUCAACCACUGAAUUUAGUGUGUCGGAGCAGAGAAACCACUAAAAUGUGCUGGAUACCGGCCUUCCAGGACUGGAUUUGAAUGCCCCUGCUGUAGGGUGAAAGUAACAGCCCCUUAAAACUCUGAUUGCAAUUUCUCUCGCCUUUUUGUGGAGCAGAGGACUUCACAGCCCCAGAAAAGGGGCUAAAAUGUAUCCAUCAAACAAAACAGUGCUUUGUGAAAAGACAGAAUUAAUUAAAAACAAUUCUUGGUUUAUGAACAACAGCAGGGUCUACUUGUGUCUCGUGUAAAUGUUUGUGUUUCUGUAAUGUUUAAUGUUAGAAAUCUAACGAGUAAAAUUGUCAGAGAUAGUUUCAAGUGGAAACUAGUGCUAGCUUUUAUGUUUACUCUGCCUUCUCGGUAGCCAUCGACCCAUAGCCUGAGCUCAGUCAUGGGGCGGAAAUUAUGGUUGUCCGUCAAAUUGUCUUCGCACGCACUUAAACAACGCUAGGACCAAUCAGAGAAACAAACAUAUUCACCGCCACAGAUGUUAGUCAAUGGGGGAGUCUGCUAUACACCAGAAAAAAAUGCAAACACAACCUUUUUUGAAACAAAUGACUUAAGUACCUCUAUAUGCUUAUGUUUCAACAAAAGUCUCAAGUCUAAAUUGUCCAAAGUUGAUCCCAAAGCAGUUUUAAACAGCACCAUCCCUAAGCCAAUGCCAUCUUUGUAGUUUUCUUCACAGAACUGAUUGGGCCGACAGUAGAUCUACUGAGGCUACAAUGGGGCGUGGCUAGACUGACAUGCAGAGCAGAAUCUUUGUGUUACUGCUAGUUUCCCGGGUGAUUUGAAAGAUGAUAAAAGAAAAACACACUAGGUUAAAGAGGACAAAAGCACCUGAUAUUUAUUUUGUACAGCCUAUCAAAAUGUUGACGGAGUAAAAGGUUUGCUAAAUUUUACUAAGUCGUGACAUCGUCCACUAAAGCAGCUGGAAGAUUUCUGAAAAUGGACCAAAAUGUUUAUCAAAUUUUCACUUUUUGACGUUGAAGAUUUCAAACAGCUGUUUCAGUUUGCAGUAUGUUCUAGUCCAAUGGUUUGAUGCUCCGUCCCAUGCAGGUAGCCUGAGAUCUAGACAGACAAUAGCUGAAGCAAAAUGACUUAGCUUUGCAUGUCAGUCUAGCCUGAGCAGUAUUGUGUUGUGCCAGUCACAGCGCUCCAUUGGUUUGGUGGGCAGGAUGAUACGACAGAGCGAAACUACUAAGAUGGCGUUGGCUCGUUCAAAACAGCUUUGGCAUUAACUUUGGCCUAUUUGGACUUUUCUUUGGUAUCUAAAAAAAGCAUGAAUUUGCAUCUUCUUCGACAGCGUAUGGCGGACUGCCUCGUUGACUGACAUCCGUAGCAGUGAGUAUGCUCAUCCAAUAGCACGCAGAGACAAAAAGACAAUCAUGUAUUCCUCAUGACCGAGCUCUGUCUAUGGGUUGUGGCCAGACUAUAUAUCCACAUAUAUAGGAUAACUUGUUAGGCUAGCAACCAGGUUGAACCAUCUAGAAGCAGAAAGCUGUCAAGGACAUUACAUGUGGUUUAUAGAAAAUAUGUCACAGCUACAAACACAAAUAAAAGUUAAAGCAGCUCAUAUGACUGAGCCGAUUUAGAUUUUAAGAGUUCAUGCUUCCUCUUCUUUAUUGAUAAAUAAGUACAGCCUUUAAAAACGUCCCUCCUCACAUCCGUUAUAGAAGUCCAAAGCUCCCCCGACUCUUUGCUUCGGUACCGUUUUAAUCUGAGACUUGAUUCUUCCUCUUUUAUUACAACUCUGACAUCAUCCAGCUGUUUUAAUCGCACCAUCAUGUCCUGCAUGCAACACCUGGUAUGACAUCUGCCCAGAUGUUCUGCUCACUUGGGUUAGAGCUAAACGCAACCCCCUCAUGGCUGCAUACUCCUGGAGCUUGGGCUCCCCCUACUGGUUCAGCGCUAGAAUUGUUGCUUCUUUUUUUAAAUACCUUCAGUCGUGCAACACUAUAGCCAUCAUUGGAUUAACUUGAUUCUUGCUAAUAAAUCCACAUUUAUAGGACUGAUGUUAAUUCAUACUGAUGAUCAGCUGCUUUUGAAAGACACUGACGCAUAUUUGUCACUUUUUAGUUGUGAAAAUGAUCUAAAAUGAACUUUUUUCAGCUUUUUAGCAAAAAGAUACUAAAUGAAAUUUUCUUGUCUUGAUUCACUGCUGACUAAAAAUAUGGAGUCAUUAUCAGGAUCAUGGUUUUUAAGGCUUAUUGUGCCGGCUGUGAUUAAGCGGGCAUUUUCAGGUUAGAAAAGAUAAAAGCUACAAUUUUGUGAUUUUUGUGAAUGAAAGUACGAGUUUUCAGUGCCUUAGUCGCUACACAAGACCAGUCACACAGGUUUUGAAAAAUAAUUUUUACAACAUGAAAACAGCUGAGUGUUGCAUUGCUGUGUGUGAGAGGCACAAACGUGUGUUCAUGUGUGCAUUCACAUUUGCUUUUUUUUUCCAAAUAAAUCAAUAAAACAUGUUCAUGUAAA